UUUCUGAGCAGUUUUUGUCAUAUGAAUUACAUAAAAGUGAUACUAGUAAGUGUAAUGGUUGUAUGCCUAACAGAAAAUAUUUCAACCAAACACUUGCCAUCUAAAAGACACUCUUGUUCUAUGGGUUCUAUAUGCGAUGGAAAUGCUUUACAAAUACCUAAGAACUUCGCAACAUCAAGAUAUGUAACUCCAAUCACCCAUCUUUCAUCAUGCAAAUCAUUUAUAUCAUUAGGCAUGCAACCAUUACACUUAUUAGUAUCACUUUCAUGUAAUUCAUAUGAAAAUAACUGCUCAGAAAAGAAACCCCAGUCAUUGAUACGAUCCAAUAGCCAUGAAGACAAAGAAUUCGCAACUCCAGUAUGACAUCAAACAUGACAAAUAUCAGAGUUUUAUUACGGAGGUACGUGAAAAAGUGAAGGAUAAUGAUAAAACGUCCCAUGGAUGUCCUAUUCUACGGUUGAAAAUAGAGAAAUUAAAUUUUGGAAUUCAAAUUUAAGAAUUGUAAAUGACACUUAUAUACUUAAAAUUUGCAAAUUUUAA